UCACACGACAUUUGGAUUAGAGAGACACAAAUCUUAGAGUAUCCCCUGAUUAGCGAAUCAAGGGGUACUCCAAGAAAGGACUGCUGAGGAAAACCCAGGAAGCAGCUGUUCCUGGACUGUACAGGGAGGAGCCAGAGAGGUCCUCCUAUCCAUCAGUCCCCAUUGCCACUCCUGGGUAUAAAGGGCCAGUCACAGAACUGACCUCCCACUGCUGGAGGGUGGGCCUCAUCCUUAUGAAAAUGUCCAGCACACAUGAGAUCCUGAUGCCCCCCCCCUCCAUAAAUCAGGCCUCGCUGCUUUUUAUAUGAUCCCCCCUAAAGUCUGUCACCUUGGCAGGGCGACGUCCACAGCAGCCCUUCAACAUUUAGCGCUAGGCUGACAACACUCCUGCUGACGUCUCCAGCUCUCACCCCAGUCUGCAAAAGGAGUCUCAAAAACCUUGUAGCAGAGGGCUCUGCCUACAACAGAUAUGUUGGCUUCCCGGCUCUUCCAACAGACGCAGAAAGCCUCUCUCUGACACUCCACGUGCAGCUCUGAAUCCCAGUGUCUUCUCUGGCGGUCUGCCAGUCUACCCUCGGUGCAGCUGAGCUGGCUAAGAGCCGAGCACAAAGACAUCUUGUUCCCAACUCCUCCUCUCUUCUUGGGAGCAGGGCAGCAGGCGAGAGCUGGGACGAGGCAGAGCCCAAGCCCACACCAGUCCUCCAGCUCCCCGUCCACGCCAGAAGGCCACUUGCAGGCACCGUGGGCCUCCUCCUGCAGAAACUCACUCCAGCAUCCCAGGGCCUACAGGCACCCAGAGCUUUGCUACUGUUGUUGUCACAGGGCUGAGGAGCUUCAAGGCCUGGGGGUGCCCAGGGCACAGCACAGUCACAGUCACCUGCAUACCCUAGGAUGGGACACUAAAGAGCACUCAUGGCAAGGGGUUGACAUCAUCUCUAUGAUUUAAUUAUUUAGGAUUCCUCCAUCUUAACCUCAUGCCAAAAAGAACAAGAAAUUUUGGAAGUACAAAUGAGGAGCACGUUUUAGUAGCUAAGAUUUGUUGAACACCUAUUAUGUGCCAGGCACUGUGCUUACUGUCUUUGCAUAUACAUACCGUCUUAACUCUAAACAACAGUCUAUGAGAUAAGUAACACUCCUCUAUAUACAUUUUACAGAUGAGGAAUAAAGCUCAGAGAGGUUAAGUAAUUUGUUAACCAAGGUCUCAUAAUCAGUAAAAACCAGGACCUAGGAUGCAAACCUGGACUAUUUGACUUUCAAGUCUCUGGUACCUUGCCUGCAGAAAUGCAUAAGGAAACGGAGGCAAAAGAAAAAUGACACGAAAGCCAUAAAAAAGAAUGAAAUAAUGCCAUCUACAGCAACAUGGUGAAGUAAGUCAGACAGAGAAAGACGAAUACUAUAUGAUAUCACUUAUACCUGGAAUCUAAAAAAAAUGAUACAAAUGAACUUAUUUACAGAACAGAAACAGACUUUGAAAACAAACUUAUGGUUACCAAAAGGGAAGUGGGGGAGGGAUAAAUUAGGAGGUUGGGAUUAACAUAUACACACUACUCUAUAUAAAAUAGAUAAUCAACAAGAACCUACUAUAUAGCACAGGGAACUCUACUCAAUCCUCUGUAAUAACCUAUAUGGAAAAGAAUCUGAAAAAGAAUGGAUACAUGUAUAACCGAAUCACUUUGCUGCACACCUAAAACUAACACAACACUGUAAAUCGACUAUACUCCAACAUAAAAUAAAAAAGAAAAAUGAGGUGAAAACAGGAAUGAGGUGAGCCUACUGAGUGGAUAAGGAAAAUGUGGUCUAUUCAUACAGCGCAAUGAUUCAGCCUUAAAAAGGAAAAUUCUGACACAGGCUACAACAUGGAUGAACCCUGAGAACAUUAUGCUGAGUAAAACAGGCCAGUCACAGAAUGACAAAUCGUGUAUGAUCUCUCUUGUAGGAGGUACUUAGAGUAGCCAAAUUCAGAAACAAAGUAGAAGGGGUGGUUGCUGGUGCUGGGAGGAGCAGGAAAUGGGGAGUUGUUUAAAAGAUCUAGUUUUUGUUUUACAAGGUGAGAGUUAUGGGAAUAGAUGAUGAUAAUGGUUGCACAAUUUGAAUGUAUUCAGUGCCACUGAACUGUACACUUAAAAAUGGUUAAGAUGGUGAAUUCGGUGUUAUGUGCAUUUUACCAAAAUUAAAAAAAAAAAGGAGGGGAAGAAAGAAAAAAAAGAAAGGAAGAGAGAGAGGGAGGGGAGGGAGGGAGGAAGGAAGGGAGGGAGGCAGGGAGGGAGGGAGGGAGGAAAUGCUAUGCAGAGACUGAGUGAAAAACUAUAGAUGCAUCAAAAACAUAGCUCUGAACUCCUAGGGCAGAACUCCCUAAGUGCUCUCAUGUCAUGGCACUCAUGGAAAAGGACAGUAUUUCUAUGGCAUGUGGGGCAACUGGUCCAAGGCCAUGGGCACUCAGUCUCCACCCCGAAGGCAAGGGGAUCAGGGUCUCUGCCAUGUGUAGUCCAUUCCCCAUAUACCAGCGGGGGAGCUCUGCUCUAGAACCUGGUCUCCAAGGCUGAAACUGCUGAUUACUUGUUUUGUUCCAUAACUUAGUCAUACUUGGUCAGCCUCAAGCCUCUCUAAGAACCACCAACCACAUCCAUAGAGAUCUGAACACAGCAGGACAAGAGCAUAGGCUUUGAUCUUUCAUUCUGAUCUUAAAGAGACAGCAAAACAGGAGGCAUCUUUGAGCUCACCGAGUAGACAUCAUGAGCAAGGCUCGCCCUCCUGAGUGGAAGAAAUUUAUGGAGAAGUUGUCACUAAACUUAAAUGGUGGCGGACAUGUCCAAGGAACACUGUGGGGCUUUGGUCCCUUUAUGAAUCUUGCGAUAGAUGAAUGUGUGCAGAUGGCAACUAGUGGGCAACAGAACAGUACUGGAGUGGUGGUAAUACGAGGAAACAGUAUCAUGUUAGAAACCUUGGAACCAGUAUGAACAAUGGCUGUGUUCACCAGAGAAAUCAACUGCUUCCACAUGUCCCCUCCACAUUUUACUAUGAUAAAAACUGGCUUGUGUACAUUUUAUUACUGAACAUUUUUAUUAAAUAAACUUUUGUAAUAGUGGAAAAAAACCCAGUAAAAUACUCAUUAACCUGGAUGUUUGUGGAACGGGGUGUUCCGGAUGCCUGAAGUGCUGACUGACAGAGGAGGACCCAGAGCACUCCCUGUGACUGAAAAGCUCCUGAAAAUGUUAUACCUCAAUUAAUAGUAAACACACUUGUUUCCUGUAUGUCGGAGGCAGGUUGCUGGGGCCUGGAAGUAUCUCUCUCAAAGAGGGGAAACCUAGGAAUGUGCUGCACAUUCAAGUCAUUUGGUAAUUCAACAAAAUCAUUUCAUUCUCCAAUGAAAAGAAAUAGGACUCAGAGAAAAAGCUGAUUCUAGGUUAGGGACAGGAAAUACACAAGACAAGUCUGGACUAUCUUGUAGUACCAGAAACUAAGGAAGUGCUGUUAAAAACAAAACAAAAACCCUCGAAACUCCACCAAUAAUGGGAGUAUGUAAAAGGGACAUGGGCCAUCUGAAAGAGCUCCCAAUGGCCAAAGCUGGAAGAGUUUGGGCAAGAAAAUGAGGUAGUACUGGCUUAAACCUAAAGUAUAAAAUAAAUAGCCCAGAGUCUCUACUGAUAGAAAGAAAUGAGGGGGAAGACAAAGCCAUGCAGAACAAUUUCCAAUAGCUUACGUAGCUCCUCCGCCCUCACGGAGGGGCCAUAUAACCCACCACUCCUUAAGUAUGGGCUACGCACAGUGAAUUCUUUCCAAGGAGUACAGCGUGGGAAGGGGAAGAAAAGAGUCACUUUACACAGAGAACCCUGAAGAGCACUGCCUGAGCCGGUGAUCAAGGGCGACAGCAACUGUGACAAGCCAUCCUGACAAGCACCCAGCCCUGACAUAAGAAUGGUACUUUAUCUCUGUGGUCUUCCUCCCCAAAAUAAAUAACUCAUGAGAAAAACGUCAGACAAAUCCCAACUGAGGGACAUUCUACAGAACAUCUGACCCUCAAAACUCUCAAGGUCUUCAAAACAAAGUCUGAGAAACUGUCAGAGCUAACAGGAGCCUAGGGCUACAUGAUGACUAAAUGUAAUGUGAUAUCCUACAUGGGAUUCUGGAACAAGAAAAAGGCAUUAGUUAAAAAUUAAGGAAAUAUAAAGUAUGGACUUUAGCUACUACAUGUAUCAACACUGGUUCAUUAGUUGUGACAAAUGAACCAUAUUAACUUAAAAUGUUAACAACACAGGAGACUGGGUAUAUGGGAAUUCUUUGUACUAUACUAUCUUCGUAACAUUUCUGUAAAUCUAAAAUCAUUCUAAAACAAAAUUUAUUAAAAAAAAAAAAAAGACACUGCCUACCCUCAUGGAACUGAGAUUGCAACUGAAUAGAUAAGCACGUUACGUGAUUCAGCAGAUUCUAUAACCAAGUCUGUGCAAAACCCUGUGGCGCAAGGUGGAGGCUGGGUGGGGAGGGAGAUCAGGAAAGGCUUUACAAAGAGAGGAAGGUGCAAGAUGAGAAGUUUUCCAAGCAGAUGGGGGGUCGGGUAGCAUGAAAACGGAAAGAGCUCAGAGGCCUGAGGCACGAGGAGAGGUGGGAGAACAGAGAUGUUAAGGAGAGGACACGUGGAAGGGAGUGGCCAGAACAAAAUGGUGGAGAGACCAGAAAGGGCAAGAAUGCAGGAGCUACUGACUAGGUUUCAAGCAGGAUCACCUCGCGGGUAAGCACAAGGCCAGUGGAGACACAUUAUCUGGGAUCAAAUCCCGGCCUGUCACUCACUCCCGCUAGCUCUACGGGUGCCAUUACCACUUGGUCCCUAAGGUCAACUGUAAAACGGGGAUAACGUCACUGCCUAUCUCACAGGGCCGCUGUGAGGAUUAUGUUAGUUAAUACCUGCAAAGCACCUGAGAACUGGGGCUACACAAUAAAUGUUCAAUAAAUGCUAAGUAUUGUUAUUGUACAAGCAGAAGAAUGAAUGACAAUCCAACCUCUGUUUUUGUUUUGUUUUUUUUUGCGGUAUGUGGGCCUCUCACUGUUGUGGCCUCUCCCGUUGCGGAGCACAGGCUCCGGACGCGCAGGCUCAGCGGCCAUGGCUCACGGGCCCGGCCGCUCCGCGGCAUGUGGGAUCCUCCAGGACCGGGGCACAAACCCGUGUCCCCUGCAUCAGCAGGCGGACUCUCAACCACUGCGCCACCAGGGAAGCCCCAACCUCUGUUUUAAAAAGAGCUCUGGAGGCUGUUCAAGGUGGGCGGCGUCGGGGGUGGGGUGGGAAGAGAGUGGAGGCUGCUACCACAGUCCUGCCACAUCUGGAGAUACAGAUAUAUAUUGACUGAUUGGCUGUGCCGGGUCUUAGUUGCAGCAUGCGGGCUCUUCGUUGCAGCAUGGGGACUUCUUAGCUGCGGCAUGCAUGUGGGAUCUAGUUCCCCAACCAGGGAUUGAACCUGGGCCCCCGCACUGGGAGCACGGAGUCCUACCAACUGGACCACCAGGGAAGUCCCCUGGAUUUAUAUUUUUGUAAGGUUUUUUACUAAAUCCUCAAUGAGACCUUGACUUCCUCUGAAAUCACAUUUUUAUCCAUGUGGAGGAAUAUGGCAAGGAUAUGGUAAAAGUGUACACCACUGCACACUGUUGAUGGCAGUAAAAACUGGUACUACUCCUUUGGAAAGAAACUGGCAAUACAUUUCAAGAGCCAUGAACUCUUUUUACACUCUGUGAUCUAAUUAUUCCCACUGCUGGAAAUUUAUCUCAAGGAAAUGACCCAGAAAGGGGGAAGGGAGACAGGUGCAUAAAUUCACUAAAAUAUCUUCUAAAGAGAAAAACUGGAAUCAAUCUAAUGUCUAACAAAAGGGAAAAUGUUAGGUGUAUCAUGGCAUGUCAAUUGCUGGAUAUUAUCAGUCACUGAAAAAAUUAUGAAGGACCAGAAAUGCUUAUAAUGUUAAACAAGCAAAGGGGAAACUGUUCAUACACUACAAUUAUCAUUACAUACAAAUGACAUGUGCAUAUAGAGAGAUUAAAAUAAAAUGGACAGAAAGAAAGGUGAUCUAUGAGGAUAAUAUUUGAGCUUUUUCCAUAACUCUUAUGCUAUUGUUUACAUAAAAUUUUAAAAUCUAAGAAUCUGAGAUUUUAUUUAGACUAUAGGAAUACUAGGUAAAAUGCCACUGAGUAUAAUUGAAACUGAUGUUAACUUUUUUUA